GCACUAGACGACGCGUGGGGAACGUUUACAGACUUUUUUUUAUCAUCAGUUGUUUGGCGUUUGGCUACGUUGAACGGAACGUUCAAGAUGAAUCCAAUGAUGAAGCUGCUGGUGCUGUUAUCACUACUCCUAGUCCAUUCAUCCGGCCACCGGAUACAGCUGUCCGAUUCCAUUUUGGACAUCAUCAACACUCGGCAUGUGGAACAGAUACUGGCCGAGCGGCGAGCGAAUGCUUCGCGGGAAAACGAAAAGCGCUACCUGGUGCAGAACGACCUAGACGAGGAUGUCACCGAGGAUGGUGCUGAUCUCUACCAAACGCCCGAGGUAGCGAUCGAUUUCGAUUUCCACGGUCGACGGCAGGGAGGUCACGGGUCCCGGCACUCGCACAGUCCGGUCUCACAUAAUGGAUCCGGUGGUGGUGGUGGUGAUCUGCUCUCCGAUCUGCACGCCUACCGUGGCGACAAGCUGCUCAAGUCGAGCAAAAACGCACUGCUGGUCACGCGCAAGGAGUAUCUGAAGAAGGACUGGUGCAAGACGGAACCGCUGAUGCAGCGAAUCCGGGAGGAGGGCUGCAUGAGCCGGACGAUCAUGAACCGCUUCUGCUACGGCCAGUGCAACUCGUUCUACAUCCCGAAGUCGCCGAAGCGCAGGCGGCACGGCAAACCCACCGUCGCAAGCUAUUCGGCCAGCAGCAGCGGCGGCAACAGCAAUCGCCGGGACCUGAGCGGUGACUUUGAGGACGAGGAUCUGACCGGGCCCGCGUUUCGCUCGUGCGCCUUCUGCAAGCCGAAAAAGUUCACCUGGAUGACGGUGACGUUGCGCUGCCCGUCGCUCGUACCACAGCUGCGGCGGAAGCGCAUCCAACGCAUCAAACAGUGCAAGUGCAUCGCCGAACCGCUGCAUUGAAGUGGG